AAAAGCAUCAAAGUCAUUGUACGCCACUGCCUUCUUCCCCCAUCAUCUUAGCUGAUUGUUCUCAAGUCUCGAAAACAGCUUCUCGUUUUCGUCUCUGAAUACUCGUGUUAGCCCACCGUGGUUUGGCAUUUAAGAUCUGAAUUUAGUUGCUUGCUCGAUCUUUCUGUGUCUCCAAGCAUGAGUCUUGGCUAUGUCACCAACGUCAUCCUCGCCCGCAUUAUAGAUAAGUUGUGUGAGAAGUUGGGUGACGGAGUGAUUUCACGUGCUUGUAGAUGGUGGACAGCUUCACAUUCUUCUGAUGACGAGGCGCAGCUGAAGAAACUUGGAGACUCCCUCAAGUUUAUCCAGUCUAUGAUCAAUAAUGUAGAGCGAAAACAGGGAAAAGAAAGUGAUGGCUCUGUAAGGAUCUUGUUACGAGAUCUCCAAAGGCUAUGUUAUGAUGUUGAGGAUGUGGUGGACGAGUGUGAUUAUGAGCAUCUUCGCUGCGAUGUUGAGACUCCUAAGGAGAAGAAGAGGAAAAGGAGUUCAUUCACUUCUGAUAUUCUUGACAAAAUACAAGAUAUUAAUGUGCGCUUCGAUGAAUUAAAGGAGCGUGCACUUGUGCUUAAUCAGGAGUCACGUGAAGUUCGUUCAACAACCAUGCAUUUAUCCAAGACAGACUCUGUGCUUGGUGAUUCAAAAGUUUUUGGAAGGGGAGAUGAUAUUAAGAGAAUUCUUGGCAUGCUGGAUGACUUGAGGGGGAAACAGUAUCUAGUUUCUGGCGUUUCAAUAGUUGGCAUGGAGGGCCUUGGAAAGACAACAGUAGCAAGAUCAAUAUACAAGAAGGCAAAGGAAGAAAAGCGCUAUGAUCUAGUAGCCUGGGUGUGUGUCCUUGACAACUUCAAUGACGAAACAAUUUUGAGAGAGAUGCAUGAACAUUUUAUUAAAGAUGGUGAGCGUCCAAGCAGCAUCAACAAACUGGUUCAAGAACUUGCAGAGGUGUUAGAAGGGAAGACUUUUCUUCUUGUUCUUGAUGACGUGUGGGACAAAGAUCAACCCAAGUGGAAUGCUUUCAGCUAUCGUCUCUCAAGAAUUUUGACGACAGCUAGGAAUUCUAUUUUGGUGACAACACAUGAUGAAGGCGUAGCAUCUAUGAUGAAGACGAAUCUUAUGCAAAAUUCUAUGCAAAUUGUUAAAAUGCAUAAGUUAUCAGAUGGUGAAUGCUGGUCAAUAAUUGAAGAGACAAUUCUCACUUCAUCCAAACAAACUUCAAUUUCCUCAGAGUUGAAAAAUAUCGGGGUGGAAAUUGCCAAGAAGUGUGGGGGCUUGCCAUUGGCUGCUACUAUUAUUGGAGGAACAUUGAGCCGUGGAAGUCAAACAAGUGAAUGGAAAGCCAUCAGAGAUAAUGAUGCAUGGAAUUCAAAUUUAGAAGAUGGGAACGGGAUUUUAUCUAUGCUAAAAGUAAGUUUUGAUCGUUUGCAUCCAUCUUUGAAGAAAUGCUUCUCCUAUUGUUCAAUAUUUCCAAAGGAUUUCAUCAUUGAAAAGGUUGAUUUAGUUCAACUUUGGAUGGCUCAAGAAUAUCUUCACGAACCUAAUGGGGGCUCCAAGACAAUGGAAGAAAUUGGUGAUGCCUACUUUAACGAUUUGGUAUCUAAUUCCUUAUUUCAAGUUGUGGAAAGGAAUGAAUAUGGAGAUAUCAUAUCUUGCCAGAUGCAUGGUGUAGUGCAUGAUUUGGCAUUGGCUGUUUCAAAAGAUGAAACUUUAAUCUGGAAGUCUGGUUGCAAGAUUGACAAAAAUGCUACUAUUCUACAUUUGAGAGUCGAGCAUGAUGGGAGUGGCCCUGUGUACAUUCCAACUGAUCUUUGUCAAAGGUUGCGUUCUUUGUUCAUAGAAAAUGAGGUUAGUAACGUGGCAUCUGAUUUCAAAAGUUUGCGAUCUUUAAAACUAAUGCAAGCUAAGAAGGAAGAGUUGUGUCUUACUUUUGGUGAACUAAAGCAUUUGAGAUACCUUGACAUCUCGAAUAGCAAAAUUAAAGCACUACCAGGAUCUUUUUCCAAGCUCUACCAUUUGCGAACUCUUAAACCAAAUCGGCUCUUUUCUAUUCAACAGAUGCCUGAUAAUAUGAUCAAUCUAGUGAGCUUGAGGCACCGUUAUUUUUCUGGUGAAAAGCAUGUGCUAAGGGGGCUUGGGUGUUAAGGAAACCAAAUCUGUAUCAUAGCAUAUUAAUAUUCUGUUUAAGCUUACAUUCAUUGUCUGUAUAAUAUCCAAGAUUGUGAUUCACUUGCCUUAUGUGGUAGGGUAACACACAGGCUCCAACUGUAUAUAUACUCUUGAUAUAUUCGUAAAUAAACAAGUUCUUCAUAC